CGACAAGCGCGCUAGCGCUCGUGACAUACACAAACGCGCUAGCCAGAAUGCUUUGACUUUGAUGGCUUUCAGCUUCUAUUUUUUGAAAAGUAGCGCGCUCAGACCAGCUCGCUCACUCUUUUCCUCUUCCAUUUUUUAGGGCAAUUGUUUUGUUUGAUAGACGAAGCUUAGGGUCUCUUUGGGUUUGCAACCCUUACCCUCCUGGAAAAAAUCAUAGUUGCUAGACUGCGACACUUCAGACCAGGUACUAUUAGAGCCGCUAAUGGACGACGAGCUAUUUUCCGCUAUCCGGAGCUCAAGCAUUUGAGCCGCUAAAUGGACGAGACUCCUGGGGUAAAGGAUGCAGAGAAUGAGGAGAAAACACUCGUAUGGAGCAGGGAGUAGGUAUUGUACUACUUCCUGGUAUGGAGCACUGAGAAGCGCAAUGUGCAACAGAAAUUACCAUGGUGAUACAGUAGAUUACCGUGUGAAGCGGUGUGAGAUGCAGCAAAGCAUUAGGCGAUUUGAUCGCAGGACAAGAGAGGAGCUGAUGGACGAUCUCUCCAGUGUCCCUCUUGGUUCGGAGCAGCGCCGAGUGCUGACGUUGGGACUUGGCUGCCUCAGGGGGUGCCACUUCUCCCAUCAGCGUCGACUAGUCCGCCGAUCUCACUCAGCUCUGCUCUCCGAGCAUGCUGCUUCCAACACGACUUCCCGAAAGAAAAUGUGCUCGCGCAUUAGAGGGAGGUGAAAGAUGCACCUGCAGGAGAAUACAUGCUUAAGAGAAGGCAGAAACAUGCCCGGAUCCACCAGAACUAGUGCUGGCAAGUCAACAGAGGCGAGUACUGAUAAUGUUCCAGAUUGUGGUAGGAUCACAUAAGCAAAAUUGACACUGGGAGGCACGGCGGUGGGUCAGCUCAUGGCCAGCGCCAGCUCCAGUGGAUAUCACGUGCAUCCAGUUCUAGUACUAUAGUAUGACUGCUACAAAGUAGUGUGGCCCAAAUAGAACUCGGGUCAGGUGCCGAAGAACUGGGGGGUGGGGGCAUGUAUCAAUGAAUGGUAAUAACUCCGGAAAUCAUGCUGGUGUAUCGAGGGCGUGGGCCAAUGAAGUGCUGGAUUGAUGGUGGACGACUGUACUGCAAUCUUGGCUGGUCCCACUAUCGCAGAGACAGCACUUCCUGGUGCAACCACCCUAUCCUGCAAUCUAUAUAAUAAUUAUUAUAAGAGAUUUGUGUGAACGAUUUUAGCAUGAUGCAAGUCAACUUAUUGUGCUGGGGGCCUGGCUACAUGUCACUAUAGCUUUUUAUAGACUCGAUCACCGCAUUACGCUGCCUUGCGUUGACUUGAUUGAGCACUCUUUUUGGUUAGUGUCAAAGGUAUAUGUAAUAUGUAUCUGCCUUCGUGCAAAGCUCUCUUUGUGCGUGUCUUGCAGAUAGCUCGCUGACUUUGAUGCUUUGAGCCAUUUUCAAAUUGCUUUUUUUGUUCAUUUCAUAUAGACCGUAUUGCCAUUUGUUUAACCUCC